AUGGACUUGGAUCAUUUGCAACCAGAUUUUGAUCCUUCGUCAGUCAAAAUAGCUAACUUAAGAAACAUUUUAAACUUACAUAAUAUAGAAUACCCAAGUUCAGCUAAGAAAACUGAUUUAAUUGAAAUUUAUAAUGAUAAAAUUUUACCAAAUAGAUCAAAAUUAUUAAAUGAAUAUACUAAUAAAAUCAAAAAUUCAAAUGAUAAAAGUUUCAUUAAUGCUACUUCUGAUGAUAAUGAUGAUGAUGAAGAUAUUUCUAUAAUUGGGGAAAGAACAAUUACCGAUAGUGCUAAAAAGGGUAAGAUUAAUGGCUCUAAGUCUGAAAAGAGGGGUACACCUGAAGUUAAAACUGAGAAUGCUAAAGUAAGAAAGAAUACUCCAAUCAAGACCAAAAAGCCAGCAAAGACUGUUAAAGCUGAAAACGUUGAGUCGGAAUCUAAGUUGAAAAAGGAAAAUAUCACUAAAGAUGUCCCAUCAGAAGUUGAAAAUUCAGAAGCUGAAGAAGGUUCAUUCACUAAAGAUAAUGUUUUUCAAUCUAAACAUGUUGAAGAUGAUAAAAAGUCGAAGACCACAAAAAAGAGAAAACAUGUGGAUGAUACACCAAACUCUUCAUCAGCGAAAAAGAUAAAAUUUCCAACUGUUCCUCCAUCAACUAGUAAAAAGACUCCAAAAAAAUCAAUUUUUGAUGAUAGUGAUUCCGAUAUUUUUGAAUAUUCAAUAGUUAAUAAAACACCAUCAAAAUCAACUACUACUUCAAAAGCAACACCUUCAAAAGAUUCCAAAAAAUCACCCGUGCAAUCACCAGUUGAGAAAGAAAGAACUUUCCAAUCAAUUGAUGAAGAAGUUGAUAAUUUUGAUAAACAAUUGAAUAAAAUUAAAACUAAAAAUGAACCAAAGUCAUCUACUUCAACUCCAAAUAGAUCAAGAAUUCAAUCACCAAGACAACAACAUCACUCACCACCACAACAACAGCAACAACAAACCUACCCUUCAGUUCCAUUAGUUGAUAAUGCCUUGGCUCAAUCAUUGGGUAUCACAAUUCAAGGUUUUCAACCACCUGUAAUUGAAAAUUACGCUCCUUUACCUCAAGUUCAACAACAACAAUCAACACCUGCUCCAACUUUUGAGCAACCUCAACAAUUUCAUCCACAAACCAGUAAUUUGAAUAAUAUUUUGAAUGACGAAGAUCAAAUUCAAACUUCAAAUACACCAAUUGAAGAGCAAAUUGUACAAGAAACUCCAAAAACUGAAAAAACUAUUAAAGCAACUCCUCAAAAAUCUUCAACUCCCAAAUCUGCCAAAAAAUUAGAAUUUGAUAAAUUGAGAAAACCAACUAGUUCAAAAUCAAAUACUCCAACCGGAAAAAAGUCAACAACCGUUAGUUCUACCCCUAAAUCAUCUAAAUCAACAGCUCGCAAAACACCAACAUCAACCGCAUCAACAUCAAAAAGAACUGUGACUCCAUUAUCAUCAAAAAGUAUACCAAAAAGAUUAAGAACUCCAUUAACUAAAGCAUCAUUAACUCCAAAACCAAGAUUAAUUUCCAUAACAUCAUCAAAAUUUGAUCUGGAAGAUGAAGAAGGAGAAAAUGAUGAAGAAGAAGAAAAUGAAGUAGUAUAUUUAGAUCGUACUGAUUUUAAACCUGAAGAAAAAUCAAUCGAUGAUACAUUUGAUGAAGAUGAAUCAACCGUUAUCCAAGAUCACCACUAUACAAAACAACCACCAUUAAAAAUUUCACAAAUUUUAUUAACUUUUUUAACUUGGUUAUUUAUUGUUGGAUCAGGUAUAUUUGGAUAUUGGUAUUAUGAACAAAGAUUUCUUGUUGGUUAUUGUGGACAAGAAAUUGAUCAAAUAACAUUUGGAGAUACAAAAUAUUCCAUUUUAGAUAAAUUGGGAGAUUUUUUAGAUACUUAUUGUAAACCAAAAUGUAUACCAAGUCCUUCAAAUUCAAGAUGUUUUAAAAAUUUAGAAAUUGGAUGUUUUGAAGAUUUUAUGGAAUAUAAACCGUGGUAUGAUAUAAUUUUACCUGGUAAUAAACGUUGUAUUCCAGAUACUAAAAAGGCAGAAAAGUUAGAAAUUAUGAUUGAUGUUGCAUUAGAUUUAAUUAGAAGUAAAAAUGCUGCAGUAUCAUGUGGUAAAUCAACUAAUGACUUUGAAAGUGGUAUAUCAUUAGAAGAUUUACAUGAUUUAUUAUUAUCUAUGAAAGCUAAUUAUAUUACAAUUGAAGAAUUUGAAGAACUUUGGAAAAGAUCAAUUAUUGAAUUAGAAAAAGAACCAGAUAUUAUAGUAAGGCAAUUCGAACCUACAAGUAUUUCAACAUCAGAUGAAAAAUAUUCCAACAUUAACAACACUGAAUCAUCAACAUCAAAAAAGGUUAACAAAAUUUUUCGAUCAACGUCCUUACAAAACAUUAGUUUAAAAUGUCAAUUACAAAAUAGUAUAUGGCAAAAUUUUAUAUUAUAUUAUAAAUUUAAAAUUUUAUUAUUAAUUUUUGUAAUCAUACUUUUAAAGAUAGCUCAAUUUAAAUACAAAAAAUAUCAAUUAAAUAAAAUAAAAAUUGAUAUAAUUUAUCAAGAAGUUAUAAGUAAAUUACAAAAUCAAAUUAAAUUAAAUCAAAAAAAUCCUCAAAUUAAUCCAUAUAUUGGAUCAAAUCAAUUACGUGAUUUAAUAUUAAGUAAUGAAUUAAAUUUAACAAAAAGAUUAGAAAUUUGGCAACAAGUUAUAAAUAAAAUUGAAAUUAAUUUUAAUAUAUUAUGUAAAAUUGUUGAAGAACAUGGUGAAAUUAUAAAAGUUUGGCAAUGGAUUGGUAGUAGUAAUUAA